UUGUUUAGAUAAUAAGUUCAAUCCAAGAAUUAAUGAUUUUUAAUAAUUUCAUCUGCAAUCCAGGCUGAAUAUGCAGUUAGAAAGCAUAAUAUAUUGCUGCAAAUAUAGAACUACAAGUUACUGAAUAGUGUACAAGCCUUAUGCAGUAACAUAAGUAAAAAUUUAAUCUAAGGAUGGAACCAUCAAAUUCACAUUCCAAGCGUGAUAUUUUUGGGAGAAGCGAAAUCUUAUAUACGAGGAAUGUCGAGAAUAAGACUGAUAGCGAUACCAAAACGACAGAUAAAUCUAAUAGCACUUGUGAUGGUAGGCAAGUAAUAGAUACCCUCGAGAGAGAGGAGUUCGAAGAGGAGAAUAGGUUACUAAAACAAUGUUCUAAUUUGAUGGUCGACCGUCAGUUAGAAAUGCAAGCUAACUAUUCGGGUAAUUUAUCGAGUGCCAAUUCCAGCCUAGCUUCUAGCUCGGAGACGAUAUCCACACUGUCAAACAUUACCUCAUACGAUUAUAGUUUACCCGGUUGUAGUAAGAAUGACGAUGCAGAGGGGAGUAAUGUUACUAUUAAGAACAUGAUACAUUCAAGAACACCUAUUUUCUCCAUUGUAGAGGAGGUACCACCGAAGAAGGAAGAUUUUAUGCAGAAAUUACUCAGUAGCAAUACAGAAGAGAAAAAAGACUUCCCAAAAGGAAAGUUGUAUAAGGGCGAUUUGAUGGAGCAAUCUGGUGAGAAUGAAGGGUGUGAUGAUGCUAUAAGCGGCCCGUCUGGGAGGACCAGCUCUAACGCCUCAAGUAUUGCUAGCACUAGCUCAGAUAACAGAGAAUUCUCCGUACCCUCAACCUCGAAUGCUGACAGACUGCUCGGAUUAGAUGAGAGUGGCAAACGUACAAGCCCUAAGCCAACGAGUUACCAAUAUGAUGACGCGGACGAUGAUUCUGAUGAUGAAGCCAACAGCACUUGGUGUACGUGCCUAUCAUCCCAUGAGGACGAUGAUGAUGAUGAGCCUGAACCAGAUGAUAGGCAAUGGAGGAAGAGGCGCUACGAACCCCCACCACCGCAGUCUGGGAAGAAGUUCUGUCCGGAGGGCAGCGUCAGCACCGGCACGGGCGAUUGGAACCACAUGGCCACCACACAGGGACCGCCAGAACUGAGGCAGUGGCUGAACAGGUUCAACACUUGGUCCAACGGUGAAAAGUCCAACGCGAUAGACGCCCUCAUCAACUGCUGCCAAGCUACCCACGUCCGUCACAUGAUGAAAAUCAUUGAACCUCUGCUGCAAAGGGAUUUCAUAUCGCUUCUGCCAAAAGAGCUGGCUUUGACCGUGUUGGGGUAUCUGCAGCCCAAGGAUCUGUUGAGAGCGGCACAGACUUGCCGUUAUUGGAGGUUCCUAGCUGAUGACAAUUUACUAUGGAAAGAGCAAUGCAGAAGGAUCGGUUUGACCAAACUAAAGAAGAAGAUGCCCCGCACUCUACCUAGAUGCGCUAGCCCAUGGAAAGCGGCGUACAUGCGUCAGUCCCUGAUCGAGGAGAACUGGUUACACAAACCCGUAGCUAAUCCCAUGGUGAUGCGUGGUCAUGAUGACCACGUGAUCACCUGUCUCCAGUUCUACGGCAACAGGAUAUUGAGCGGCAGCGAUGAUACCACGUUGAAAGUGUGGUCGGCGGUCACUGGGAAGUGUCUCCGCACAUUGGAGGGUCACUCCGGUGGUGUGUGGUCAUCACAGAUGGUCGGUGAUCUCGUCAUUAGCGGCUCCACAGACCGAACCCUGCGUGUUUGGAACGCGAAGUCCGGGGCCUGCCUCAAAGUGCUAACGGGACACACAUCUACCGUCAGAUGCAUGCAUCUACACCAGAAUAGGGUGGUAUCUGGUUCCCGCGAUGCAACACUCAGGGUGUGGUCUAUACCAGACGGACGGUGUCUCAAAGUAUUGGUUGGUCACCUGGCAGCAGUAAGAUGUGUGCAGUACGAUGGCAAAGUGGUGGUGUCCGGGGCAUAUGACUUCUUUGUCAAAGUAUGGAACCCGGAGACUGGGGAGUGUCUGCACACCCUGGCUGGCCACACAAACAGGGUUUAUAGCUUACAGUUUGACGGCGUCCACGUUGUAAGCGGUUCCCUAGACACGUCUAUCCGUGUGUGGGACGUUGAGUCGGGUCAGCUGAAGCACACACUCACCGGUCACCAGUCCCUAACCUCCGGAAUGGAGCUCCACUCGAAUAUACUUGUGUCCGGCAACGCUGACUCCACUGUCAAAGUCUGGGAUAUCACUACGGGACAUUGUCUGCAUACUUUGUCAGGUGCGUACAAACACCAAUCGGCGGUGACUUGUCUACAAUCGAGCAAUCGUUUUGUGAUCACCUCGUCCGACGAUGGGACAGUGAAACUCUGGGACGUCCGGACGGGGGCCUUCAUACGGAACCUGGUGGAGCUAGGCUCGGGCGGCUCAGGCGGAGUUGUGUGGCGUAUCCGAGCGUCCGCCACUAAGCUCAUCUGCGCGGUCGGUUCGCGUAAUGGUACUGAAGAAACGAAGCUGCUAGUUCUCGACUUCGACAUACCCGGAGCAUGUAGGCGGUGCAACGAAUAACAUAAACUGAACCGACGCCUGUUGCGUCGCUACGCCAAUCUCUAUGCGCCUUGGAACUUCUAAACGUAUGUAUUAAGUUAACUUUAUGACCCGUGUUGAUGAACCGUUCUUACCGCCAAGAUAAAGAUCAUUCUUGGGCUGUUUGAAUUAAUAGAACAUAC